GUUAACACAUCACCUAUUAAAAUCCCAAAAAUUAAAAAGAAAAUUGUAAGUGUUUAAAAAGAUGAAUUACUUAGAGUUUUACCCCAUUCAGAUCUUGAUGUUCCAGGUUGGGCUGUCCAACCGGAAGACUGCUAGCCUCAUGUAGCUGUUUUGAUUUCUUACAGUGAAGACAAAUUCCACAUUAAAAAUUCAGCUCCUCAAACUAGCUACAUUUUAGGUCCUCCAAUAGCAGAUAUAGCUAGUGGCGACAGUACUGGACAGUACAGAUUAAAAAAAAAAUAAAACAACUGUAUCCCAAAAUGAAAAUUGGCAGAAAGUUACUGUUCCACAGCACUACUCCAAAGCGUCAUACAAAUGUCCCCUCCAUUUUACAGCUGAGGAAAUAGCAACUCGGAGAUCAUCACGACACAGAGCUGCAUAAAAUCCUGCUCGUCCUCACAUUCGAGGCUCACACACUUCCUAUCCCGCAUUCACUGCCGCAAGCAAACCCUCCACGUAUCAGUCACUGGAUUUACAGAAUUCCAUAACAAUCCAUUCUGAAUCCAUACACACAAAAAUUGGUAGCUUUGGGAUCUGCAAGGAGGGAAGGCCUCUACUUCCGGGAAUGGAGAAGUCCCUACCUGUACUUCUGGGGAAGAAAAGUCCUUGUCAAGGUCCCCGCGGGUGCCUAAAGGUCAACCAAUGAGGAUCAGCCCUGCCUCGACCUUUAACCCCCACACCCUGUAUCUAUAAAAAGAGCCCUCCCAACCUCUGACAUGGGACUUCCCUGGCCCCCCGCUCUGUUGGGACGGGGAACCUCGCCUGCGAGCGGAAUCCCAAUAAAAGCUUGUGAAUUAAUUGAUUCGUCUGCCUGGGAAGAUUUGUUACGCGCUGGACACCUUGCAAAAAUCAUUAUCUUACAAGUUAGAAGAUAAUUCAUCGCAGACCUAAGUCUGAUUAACCGCAGACAUAAUCCUCGAAACUCUACUCAUAACUGGCUUCAAAAUCUGACAAUCCCAAAUAGAUCAUCAAUGAACUUCAGUCCCACGGGCACGGUCCUGGUCCCCUCCUCCUCCGCAGAGGACAGUCGGACACAUCACCCAAGCCCUCUAGGGCAACCAGCGAUUACUCUGGCUCAGCUCCAGGCCCUGCCGAGCGGCCCCGGACUACAUUUCCCAGAAGGCAUCACAGCAGACGUACCCUGCGUGCGGGACUUUCCGGAAUGCCACUUGUGUAAAAUGAAAUAGGUCGGCUCAGACCAGGGCAGUGGGAGGGCCACACUUGGAGCGAGGGUCUCUCUAGGCUCACCAUUUUCUGGACGGCAUUGCUUCCGAGCUUACGUUCCUCUGGACCGGACGCGUUUCCUACUUUAGACUACGUUUCCCGAAGGCCACCGCGUCGCUACGCCGUUUCGUACGCUUGUGCUGCUACGUCUUGGCGCAAGGAUCCAGUGUGCGGGCUCGAUCCCAGAAGUGGAAAGAAUGGCCGUUCUACAUUCAAAAGCAAAGUGCAAGACUCUACACUUACCUAAGACGGGAACUCAGAAGAGGACCAUUCUUUUCUGGCAGCUCUGAAAACCAUGGCUCAGAGAUCAGUGAUGUUCAGGGACGUUGCCAUUGACUUUUCUCAGGAAGAGUGGGAAUGCCUGGACUCUGCUCAAAGGGAUCUGUAUAGAGAUGUGAUGCUGGAGAACUACAGCAACUUGGUGUCUCUGGAUUUCCCUUCAAUAUAUGGAAGUAAAGACUUAUCUCCAAAAAGGGAUACUUAUGAAACAGAAUUAUCCCAAUGGGAAAUAAGUGACAAGCCUGGAAACCGUGAUCUUCAGGAGUCUAAUUCUAAAAAUUAUUUGGAAAUCCAAGGCAACUUGGAAAAACAAGAAAAUCAGAAGGAAUAUUUCAGGCAAGGGAUGAUUAUAUAUGACAAAAUGUCCAUUUUCGAUCAGCAAACCUACUUAUCUCAACAUCCACAAUGUCAUUCUACUGAGAAACCCUAUAAAUGUAAGGAAUGUGGGAAAGCCUUUAGACGAGCAUCACAUCUAACUCAACAUCAGAGUAUUCAUACUGGUGAAAAACCCUAUGAAUGUAAGCAAUGUGGAAAGGCCUUUAGUCGUGACUCCCAGCUCAGUCUUCAUCAGAGACUUCAUACUGGUGAGAAACCCUAUGCAUGCAAAGAAUGUGGGAAGGCCUUUACUCAAAGCUCACAACUUAUUUUACAUCACAGAAUUCAUACUGGUGAAAAACCAUAUAAAUGUGAAGAAUGUGGGAAAGCCUUUAUUCGUAGCUCACAACUCACUCGACAUCAGAAAGUCCAUACUGGUGAGAAACCGUAUGAAUGUAAAGAAUGUGGGAAGGCCUUUACUCAGAACUCACAACUUACUCUGCACCAGAGACUUCAUACUGGUGAGAAGCUCUAUGAGUGCAAAGAAUGUAGAAAGGUCUUCACUCAGCUCUCACAACUAAUUCUGCAUAAAAGAAUUCAUACUGGUGAGAAACCCUAUGAAUGUAAGGAAUGUGGGAAAGCUUUUAUUUGUGGCUCACAGCUUUCACAGCAUCAGAAAAUUCAUAAUGGGGAAAAGCCAUAUGAAUGUAAGGAAUGUGGAAAGGCCUUUAUCCGGGGCUCACUCCUUAUGCAACAUCAAAGGAUUCAUACUGGUGAAAAACCCUAUAAAUGUGAAGAAUGUGGGAAAGCCUUUAUCCGUGGCUCACAACUUACUCAACACCAGAGAAUUCAUACCAAUGAAAAGCCCUAUGAGUGUAAGGAAUGUGGAAAGACCUUUAGUCAUGGCUCACAACUGACUCAACACCAGAGAAUUCACACUGGUGAGAAACCCUAUCAAUGUAAGGAAUGUGGGAAGGCCUUUAAUCGUGGCUCACUCCUCACUCGACAUCAGAGGAUUCAUACUGGUGAGAAACCCUAUGAAUGUAAAGAGUGUGGAAAAACUUUUAGUCGUGGGUCAGAACUUACUCAACAUGAGAGAAUUCACACUGGUGAGAAACCCUAUGAAUGUAAGGAAUGUGGAAAGUCUUUUAUUCGUGGCUCACAGCUUACUCAACAUCAAAGAAUUCAUACUGGUGAGAAACCUUACGAAUGCAAAGAAUGCAGAAUGGCCUUUACUCAGAGUUCACAUCUUUCCCAACAUCAGAGACUUCAUACUGGUGAGAAACCCUACGUAUGUAACGAAUGUGGAAAGGCCUUUGCUCGUGGCUUACUCCUUAUACAACAUCAAAGAAUCCAUACUGGUGAGAAACCAUAUCAGUGUAAGGAAUGUGGAAAGGCCUUUAUUCGUGGUUCUCAGCUUACUCAACAUCAGCGAAUUCAUACUGGAGAAAAACCCUAUGAGUGCAAGGAGUGUGGGAAGGCCUUCAGUCAUGGCUCUCAACUUACUCUACAUCAGAGAAUCCAUACUGGUGAGAAGCCCUACGAAUGUAAAGAAUGUAGAAAGGCUUUUACCCAGAGUUCACACCUUUCUCGACAUCAGAGAAUACACACUGGUGAAAAACCAUACCAAUGUAAGGAGUGUGGGAAGGCCUUUACUCGUGGCUCACAACUAACUCAACAUCAAAGAAUUCAUAUCAGUGAGAAAUCUUUUGAAUAUGAGGAAUGUGGAAUAGAAUUUAAGCAUGGCUCACAAGUUUAUAUGUGAAUUAUCGGAUUCUUUGCAGUUAACAGAUUUCUCUUGCAAAGAAUUCUUACAGAUGUGAAUAUGGAGGCACAUUUGCCUCAUAAAGGUAAACAUCAGAGAAUUUGGAUGGCAUAAUGAAAAUGUUAAUAUAAUCCAUGCAGAAAAGCCUAUCAUUACUGGAAACCCACUAAACUUUAGCAAGUUAAAACAGAAAAUAAUUCUGUUAAUGUAGAAAAUGUAGGAAGGCUUCUAGCCAUAGCAGAUGUCUUUUUCAAAACUAUCUUGGCUCUGAGAAUUCAUUUCCUUCUGCUUUGGUUUAAUCAUUUGUAUAUAGACCUAAGAAUAAAUACCUUUCUCAGUAUUCGUGGAAGUAUUAUGUGUUAUUUUAUGUAAAAGCUCUUAGAACAGUGCAUUGAAGCAUAUCAUAAGUAUAUAAUUUUUUAAGUAUCAGAUACCAUUUAUAUUAUUUUAGAAACAUUCCAUAAGAGGAGGGUGCUAUCAAAAAUAUUUCAUUAAAUGUUUACUACAUAUUUGGGGGAGGACACUGUAUGUUAUAAAUAUGAGAAAGCUUUUAUCCAAAUCUCAAAUAUUCUCUAAGAGGAAAUCCAUCCUGAACAAAAGCACUGUGCAUUAAUCAGUGGGUUAUUGAGCAGAAAUGUUAGAAAAUACAGAAUUUGUAUUUUCCAAUAUCCCUGGCUAAAAUUUAAGAAUAUUAUUUAUAAAUGAAAAAAAAUUUUAGCAGAAAUAUACCUAGGGGAGAGCAUUGUGGUAUAGUGGUUUAAGCUGCUGCUUGCAAUGUUGGCAUCCCCUACUGGAAAGCCAAUUCAAGUCCUAGCUGCUUCACUUG